CGCGGAGUGGAGAAGCCGGCUUCAGAGCGCUCCCAGCCGGCGCAGCCGAGCAGUGGCCCAGCAGCAGCGCGAGUCCGCCUGGCACUCCGCGGCGCUCCCACUGCGCUCCGAGGCGGUGCGCCGAAGCUCUCGCUCGGACCCGGCUCGCCCUGCGUCUCGGCAGUUCCCCAGCACCAUGCACGUCUCCCGGCUGCUGGCCUGGGCGCUGCUGCUGACGCUCCUCUCUCUCCGACCCGAGGCCAAGCCCGCCGCGCCGCAGAAGCCUCCGCGAAACCCGCCUGGAGAGGAGCUGGCGGGGCUCCUGGCUGCAGCAGGCGGUGACAAGAAGGGAGACAAGGCAGCGGGGGGCGGCGGCGGCGGGGCCAGUGCCAACAAGGGCUCCAACGCGCGGCUACUGCGCGACCUGCGCGUGGACACCCGCUCGAGGGCCGCUUGGGCGCGCCUGCUGCACGACUACCCCAACGCGCGCAAGUACCGAGGCGUCAACAAGAAGGGCCUGUCCAAGGGCUGCUUCGGCCUCAAGCUGGACCGGAUCGGUUCCAUGAGCGGCCUGGGAUGCUAAGGCGGCGACCCCUGGCGGCGGACCGACCGGGCACCACUGGCACGAGUCGCCCAGAGCAUCCUCGGUCACCCGCCCGGAAACAUCUGGAAGCACCUCCAUCACGUGGGGCUUUUCCCUCUCUUCGGGGUUUUGUUUCUGGUACGGGGAGACACCGCCAGCUGUUUGCCUAUUGUCUGGGAGGGGCGUUCUUAUUGUCAUUGGGGCGUUGUGGGUUUUCUCGAAACGAAAAAUAAAAGUUCUAUAUUAUAUAUAUAUAAAGAUUAUAUACACGAAACACACCCUCACCCUGACCCCCACCUUAUGGAGACUCGAAGACAAGAAAUGGUUUUUCCGAGACUGCCGAGGUCAGCAAUAUAGCGAACGUUGCUGUUUGUAAAUUCACGUCCUGCAUAAAUGUAUUUAUGUUGUAAAGCUAUUUAUAUUGUUUAUAAAGAGAUAUUUAUAAAAAUUUUAUUUAUGUAACUAAAUGAAGGGGGUCCAUCAUUGUCAUGUACUUGUCCUCAAUAGCUGGAAACUGUUCAAAACGUCCCGCCAAUCUCUGGACAGCUGUCUUUAUUUAUUCGCCCUCCACGUUUCUUUGGGGAGGACAGGAUGGUGCAUGGGUUCUUUAUUGUUAGAGUUUUAUCGAUGUCCUUAUUUUUUGUAAUGUCUCCAUCAUUUUCUGGUAGAUUGUGGUAGGGUACAAAAAGGGCUGGAUUUGAUGACCCAAAUCAUGGCUCUUCUGUCUUGCCUGUAUGACCUUGGGUAAGUCCUUUCAUCUCAAUUCCCUUAUCUGUAAAAUGAAGGGGAAGGGGUGGAACUAGAUCAUCUCUAAGGAAGAAUGUAAACUCCUUGAGGGCAGGAACUAUUUGAUUGUUGUUUUGUAUCUCCUACACCUAGCUCAAUGCCUGGCACAUAGUAGGAACUUAAUAAAUACUUACUGGAUGAAUAA